GCAGGAAUGAUUGCGACUAUCAGUCUAGAGCUCACUGCCUGACUGAGGAGGUGAAAGUUACGCCACAGGAAGAUAAACCGCAAAAAGACAAUAUUGCAUGUAGUAAAUACGUGGUUUUUAAAUGUGCAUCAGAUGAGCUGUACAGGGGAAUUCCUCGCGUCGUGAAAGAAAAAAAAAGUAAACAGAAAAUUCGGUGGAUUCGAGUUCAGAAGAGAUAAACCGCAGAGAGAGAGGAGGAGGAAGAAUAUCUGCGCGUGUUUUCAUUGAGUUCUGCGCUCAGUCGUCUCGAAGAGUCAAGACUGAAGAUGCUCUUGGACGCAGGACCACAGUAUCCCACCAUAGGAGUCACUACUUUCGGCUCCUCUCGGCAUCACUCAACAGGAGAGGUGGCGGAGCGGGAAGUGGCGCUUGGGAUCAACCCGUUCGCGGAUGGCAUGGGCGCCUUCAAGAUCAACCACAGCUCCCACGACAUCGGCUCGGGGCAGGCGGCGUUCUCAUCACAGGCUCCCGGAUAUGCGGCAGCGGCCGCCCUGGGACACCAUCACCACCCGACGCACGUUGGUUCCUACUCAACGGCGGCGUUUAACUCCACCAGGGACUUUUUGUUCAGAAAUCGGGGCUUCGGGGACGCGACCGGGGCACAGCACAGUCUGUUCGCCUCUGGAAGCUUUGCGGGGCCGCACGGACACUCGGACGCGGCGGGGCACCUGCUCUUCCCUGGACUUCACGAGCAGGCGGCGAGCCACGCGUCCUCCAACGUGGUGAACAGCCAGAUGCGACUGGGCUUCUCAGGGGACGUGUACGGCCGGGCCGAUCAGUAUGGCCAUGUCACAAGCCCGCGCUCCGACCAUUACGCGUCCACCCAGCUGCACGGAUAUGGCCCCAUGAACAUGAAUAUGGCUGCGCACCACGGAGCCGGGGCCUUUUUCCGCUACAUGAGGCAACCCAUCAAACAGGAGCUCAUCUGCAAGUGGAUCGAACCCGAGCAGCUGACGAACCCCAAAAAGUCGUGUAACAAAACUUUCAGCACCAUGCAUGAGUUGGUGACCCACCUCACGGUGGAGCACGUUGGGGGGCCCGAGCAGACGAACCACGUCUGCUUCUGGGAGGACUGCUCCAGAGAGGGGAAGCCCUUCAAAGCCAAAUACAAACUUGUAAAUCACAUCAGAGUUCACACGGGAGAAAAGCCCUUUCCGUGCCCGUUCCCAGGCUGCGGCAAAGUGUUUGCACGAUCGGAAAACCUAAAAAUUCACAAAAGGACUCACACCGGUGAGAAGCCUUUUAAGUGUGAGUUCGACGGCUGCGACAGGAGGUUUGCAAACAGCAGCGACCGUAAGAAACACAUGCACGUCCACACGUCGGACAAGCCAUAUCUGUGCAAAAUGUGCGACAAGUCUUACACGCAUCCCAGCUCCCUCCGAAAACACAUGAAGGUCCACGAAUCCACAAACCCAGGAUCGCAGCCUUCCCCAGCGGCCAGUUCAGGGUACGAGUCCUCCACACCUCCCACCAUCGUGUCACCGUCCACAGAGAACCAGAGCAGCAGCUCCAUAUCACCAGCAGCUUCAGCGGUCCAUCACACAGCCAGCCACAGCACGCUGUCGUCAAAUUUCAAUGAAUGGUACGUGUAAAUAUUUUUGAAAAACGCAUAAAAGACAAUGGAAAAUUUUAUGAAAAGAGGAGAGGAAAAAAAAAACUUCGACCUUUCUAAACAAAAAUCAGAAAGAUGGACGGAGGACAAAAAAAAGCACGGGAGGUGAAGUUAAAGACUGCCGUGAUGCAUGGACAGAAACAUGGACAGCUCCUCCUUUUACCGAGAGACUGCUGCACAGAAACAGAUCACAAAAGAAAAAGCAUGCUAUCUGCGGGUAGAGGCCUGAUUUUUCCUUUUCUUUCUUUCUUUCUUUCUUUUUUAUUUUUUUUGUAAAUAAGGAUUUUUGCCGAACUGGAGCACACAGCAAGAAAGAAAAAAAAUGAAAUGUAAUAUUUUAUUUUGUAAAUAUCACAGUUUUAAGGAGGAAUUUGUUAAAAUGUCAUGAAGACAUGAAAAUGGCCUCUAAGGUUGCUGUGGGGGAAAGAAUGUUUCUAGUUGUGUACCAAAAUGUGAAAUAUUCAGUAUUAUCACAGUCUACACGUCGACCUAACCGACUCUUAGUAUUAAUGUGCUUUUGUAGCCUAUCCAGUGCAGCAUAUUUUUAUUUUUUUUUUUUUUUUUUUUUUUUCUUAAUUUUUCGUCAAAUUAAGGUCCAGUUUGAAUAGCACAGAGUAUCAUUGUUGUUAUUUAAUGUCAUGUCGAUGAGUCGUGUAGUGAAAAAAAAAAUCGUGUCAAUCUGUUCAUGUACGUGCUAAAUAUAUAUAUAAAAAAUCUGUCAAUUGCUCUGUCUGAGAGGAAGUAUUAUUCCAUGUAAAGUAGCUGGGUUUUUCCACAUUUAUCCGCAUGUACAAGGGCCGGUAAUAUGUUAGAAAUGAUCGGUAUUUAUGGAGAAAUGCGCUCGUACAGUAUGUCAAAUUUUAGUUUACAAUAAUAUUAAUAAUAAUAAUGAAAAAAUGUUUGGAUACAUUUCGUACUAUAUUAAAGGACUGUAAAAAA